AUGCAGUCUCGAUCGGUCCAAGCACUGCUGGCGACUGUUUGGUCCUCUUCAUGUCUGGCUGCCUCAUCCAAGACGCCCGACUUUGCUACGUCCGAAGCGGGAAAUCCGUUUGUCGACGGUUGGUAUGCUGAUCCAGACACUCAGUUCUACAAUGGCGAGUACUGGGUAUAUCCGACGGCGUCGCGGCCGUAUGACGAGCAGACAUAUCUCGAUGCCUUUUCAUCUCCCGACCUGGUUCAUUGGGAGAAACACUCGACAAUCCUGACUGCUGAUAAUUUCACCUGGGCACAUCGAGCUGUUUGGGCCCCGGCACCGAUCUAUCGGAACGGCACGUAUUUCCUGUAUUUCGGCGCCAACGAUAUCCAGUCCAACUCGGAGCUGGGCGGCAUCGGUGUGGGCGUGGCAGAGAAGCCAGAGGGCCCGUAUCGAGAUCCCCUUGGCCAUCCACUCAUUGACGCAUAUCAUAACGGUGCACAACCCAUUGAUCAAGACGUCUUCAUCGACGACGAUGGGCAGGCUUACAUCUACUAUGGCGGACACUCUCACGCCAACGUCGCCAAACUGAACGACGACAUGAUUAGCCUGGGUACCUUUGACGAUGGCACCACCUUCAAGGAGAUUACUCCAGAGAACUACGUCGAAGGCCCACAAAUGCUUAAGCGUAAGGGCAUCUACUAUCUCUUCUGGAGUGAAGGUGGCUGGGGAGGGCCUGACUAUGCAGUUUCAUACGGCAUGAGCAGCUCACCACUUGGACCAUUUGACCGUAUCGCCAAGAUAUUGCAACAAGACGAAGCCGUGGCAACAGGCUCCGGUCACAACGCGGUGAUUCAAGUCCCUGAUGCGGAUAUCUACUACAUGCUGUACCAUCGGCAUCCAUUAGGCUCCACCGACGGAAACGACCGACACUUGGCAUAUGACCGGCUCUACUUUAAUGAUGACGGCACUAUUGAACCAGUCAAGAUGCUGGUCCAUGACAACUUUGAAGACGGAAACAUGAUCGGCUGGGAAACUUAUGGAGGCGACUGGGGUGCUGAAACAAAUGUUCUGCAAGGGACCGCUUCAUCAGGUGGCCUAGCACUGCUUAACACUAACUUUCUCGACUUUAUCUAUGAGGCCGAUGUGAAAAUCUCAAAUAAGGGCGCCAAGAACUGCCACGGCUAUGCAGGCCUUGCCUUCCGAGUGUCAGAGCCAGCCAGUGACGAUGCCGCAUUCAAAGGCUACUAUGCAGUCAUUGGCACUUCUGGCGCUCUGAUCCUCGGCCGAACCGAUGGAACGGGUUUCAAAGUUCUAGGAAAAGAAGAGGCUGGUAUUGAGCCGGCAGAGCAAUAUCGACUCAGGGUGACGGCAUAUGGGAGCUCGAUACAUGUGGAGCUCAAAGGCGAGCGGCACAUUAUUAUCUGCGUAAAAGACGACGUCUAUAAGAGCGGAAUGGAUGGUGUGAGAGUAUUUGGGACAGAGGCAGAGUUUGACAACGUGAACAUUACUCGCAUCUCUUCAAAUUAG